GCGCCCUGCUCCCGCCUCUUCAGUUAGGGCCGCUGGUGUGAGCCUGGGCUCCGCGCGAGCGAGGGACGACGGAAGGGACGGGCAGGUGUGGGCGCGAGGCCGCGUAGCCCGACGGCGGGAGUCGCAGGCGCGUGGUGCAUGGGCCAGUGAGGACGCGCAGAAGUCCCCUGGCGGCGCGGAGGAGGAGCAGCGCGGAGCAAGGCUCUGCCCCGCGACCCUGCGUCCGAGCGAGCGGAACCUCGCGCUUCGCCCAGGGACAGUCCGAAGUCCGCGCUAUGGAAGAGGAGAAAUAUUUGCCUGAGCUGAUGGCAGAGAAAGAUAGCCUGGAUCCAUCUUUUGUGCAUGCAUCGCGCCUUUUGGCAGAAGAAAUUGAAAAAUUUCAAGGUUCUGAUGGAAAAAAGGAAGAUGAAGAAAAAAAAUAUCUCGAUGUCAUCAGCAACAAAAACAUAAAGCUCUCAGAAAGAGUAUUAAUUCCUGUCAAACAAUACCCAAAGUUCAAUUUUGUGGGGAAAUUGCUUGGACCAAGAGGAAACUCCUUGAAGAGGCUACAGGAAGAAACAGGUGCUAAAAUGUCUAUCCUGGGGAAAGGAUCAAUGAGAGAUAAAGCCAAGGAAGAAGAACUAAGGAAGAGCGGGGAAGCCAAAUAUGCCCACUUGAGUGAUGAACUUCACGUAUUAAUUGAAGUGUUUGCUCCACCUGGGGAAGCUUAUUCACGUAUGAGUCAUGCACUGGAAGAAAUUAAAAAAUUCCUGGUUCCCGACUACAAUGAUGAAAUUCGUCAGGAACAACUACGUGAAUUAUCUUAUUUAAACGGCUCAGAGGACUCUGGUCGUGGCAGAGGUAUUAGAGGCAGAGGGAUCAGAAUAGCUCCCACAACACCUUCAAGGGGCCGUGGAGGUGCCAUUCCUCCUCCCCCACCACCUGGACGAGGUGUUCUCACCCCUCGAGGAACCACUGUGACCCGUGGAGCUCUUCCAGUGCCCCCCGUAGCAAGAGGUGUCCCUACCCCUCGAGCCCGGGGGGCACCAACGGUGCCAGGAUACAGGGCACCCCCUCCUCCAGCCCACGAAGCUUAUGAAGAAUAUGGGUACGAUGAUGGCUACGGAGGUGAAUAUGAGGACCCAACCUAUGAGGCUUACGAUAACAGCUAUGCGACCCAAACACAAAGUGUGCCUGAGUACUAUGACUACGGUCAUGGAGUAAGUGAGGAUGCCUAUGACAGCUACGCACCAGAAGAAUGGGCCACAACCCGCUCUAGCUUGAAGGCGCCGCCACCGAGGUCAGCCAGAGGGGGAUACAGGGAACACCCCUAUGGUAGAUAUUGAAGGUCCUGCUCACCUGUGACCUCACCUCAAAGACAAUUCAUAGCCUGUGGUCUCCACAUAAACAGCAACAAGACAAGUAAUAGUCCUUUUUUUGUUUGUGUUUUUCUAUUCUAGGCAUAACUGCUCAUGAUCACUUCCGUAUAUUUCUUGUAUUUCCCUCUAUGCUGUUGGCGUGACAUUGAUACUAGUAUUAUUUUACAAAACGGACUGAAAAAGAAAGACAUUGGCAAGCAUAGUCUGUAGACUUCUCAGUAGGAUGAUAUUCUCUUGGUUGUUUUUCAUUGUUGUGUGUAAUCUUUUUUAUUUAUUUUUUCUUUUCUUUCCACUUUCUUUUUUCUUUUCUUUAAGAAAGAGCAUGAAUCUGUUAACAGAUUUGGAGUCUCAACCAACUAGCAGACACGUUGUUUAGGGUUGCUAAAAGACUGUAAUAUGAUUUUUGAACUAGCUGAUAACAAAGUUGUAGAUAAGAUGUUUUAACCUGUCUUUUAAUAUCUGUUAGUUAGAUGAAGAUGUUCGAUAUUAAGUUUGUAAAUUUAAUUUUAAAUGCUGUUUUAAUGGGGUUGAAAACAAGCAGCUACUGUAUGUAUGUAGCUAACUGAAUUUGUUCAGUGUUUUAACCUGUAUUUGUUAAAAAAGGAAAAAAAAAACACACAUAAAGUUCCAUGUGUAAGCUUCUCUAAAUAGGAAACCACAAUUUGUCAAAUAUGUUUGCCAUAAUUUGUCAAUAAAGCUGAAAACUUUUGUAAAAACUAAAUUUGGAAUUACUUGUUUUCUAGCUUUAAAUGCUUGCUUUAUUUCUUCUUCAAGAGAUGCCUAAAAUGUUUUCUAUUUAAAAAUUACAAAAAUGGACCCAAGCCUGUUUUAAGAUAUUUGUGUAAUACUUAAAAAAUGUAUUAAUAACUUAUGGUUGUUAAAUAAUUUAAAAGUUAACAAACUAAACUGUUACAUGAAUCAUGGUUAGUAAGCACUAAUGUGUAACUUGUUAAUGGAAAAAACUGGAUUUAGAAUAAUAAAUGGAUUUUAAACUAU